CCUCCAACUACCGCCACCUCCCUCGUCGAUUUCGCUCACUAUACAGCUUCACAGCUCCGGCUCAGCUACAGAUUUUUGUAGAGGCUGACCGUCGCGUUGCCGGGAAAGAUUAAAAAAGCUCGUUUAUUAAGAUACGCGAAAAUCAUUUAACGACACGCGUAUCUGUCCGGCUUCGUUUUCAUCCUUCAAACUUGAAACAAAUUCAACAUUUUACAUCACGAGGAUAAGAAUCUAAACAAUUUUUUAACUCAACUACUUCAACUACAACUACAACUACUACUACUUGAGGAGGUUUUUUAUUAACAAAAAAUAACAUAUUCACUUCUUCUUCUUCCUCUUAUUCUCUUCCUCGUCUUGCUAAAUUCAUUACUCGGUUAAUUGCUAACAAUCUCGAGGAGAGGUGGCGAGGAUAUCGCUGUUCUUAAUGACCUCUGAUAGUGCCUGAAGAAAUCGACGAUACAUUAUCGUCGAGAAGCCAAUCUAUACAUUAUUUAUUCAUAUUAUUGUUUGUUGAUUAUAUUUUUCCUAUUACGUUUUGACAUUUUACUUGAUUGUUUUUUUUUUUCUAAACAUAAAAUAUCAAAUACGUUUUCUACGAAUUACUGAAGAAGUUUCAAAAAAAAAAAAUAAUAAUUCAUGUUAUGCUGAAAAUAGUAAAAAGUGUGUAGUGUUUUUUAUUUAAAAUAAAAAAGAAAUUUAAUUUUAGUAUUUAAAAAAGAAAUAUUAAAGUCAGUGAAGUACGUUGAUUUAUCUUCAGGUGUAUAUAAAGUGGAAAGGUGAGUGAAGUGAGGUUUUGCAAGAGUGAAGGAGGUGAAGAGUAGGCGAGUCACAGAGAUUUAUGUGAAAAAAAAAAAAACGAGAGAAAGACAUUAAAGAAAACUAGAGUUCAAGAAAUAUAAGGAAAAAAAAAGUUUCAAAAAGUAAGAAAAUAAAAAAAAGAAGAAGAAAGUGGAUGAAAGAGAGUGAAUAAAAGGUUUAGGUAUAUGACGAAAGUAUAUAUAAGAGAGUGGAAGAAAGAAAUUAAGUGGGAGGAAAUAAGGAACUGUCGUAUAAGGGUGAAUCGCAGGUGCAAAUGAUCGCACGGUUUUAACUACGCCAACAUUGACGUCGGCACUUUUAGUAGUGACUGAGAAAACAAAAGAAACUAAAGACAAGACAUCAAUUAUUUAUAUCAACUCUGAUUGUAUCUUUGUAGUUUUUCCCUCAAUAACUGCUGCGAUUCUGAAGUUAGACAUCACGUAUAGAUAAGCAGGCGAGAAAAGAGAAGAGAAAAAUACCAAGAUAAUCGAGAAGAAGAAGAAGAAAAGGUCACACUAAGUACCAAGACUACUCUUUAACAGAAGUGGGAGGACUUGAAAGAAGGGGAGUGAUCUUGGUGGAGGAAGAAAAGCAGGAGAAUAAACGGAACUCGAGCCAAGGGAUUGUCACUCGACAGUCACCUCAUCUGCUCGAAGUAUAUAUUUUUUACCAACAUAUUACCGGGAACGUGGACACAUUUGUGAUACACUCAUACGUUGACUUGUACUACUGAAAUAAUUCUAAUGUCAAGAUGUCAGCAAUUAUAGUUAACAACGUUUGGAAUAUUUGUUAAAAAGAAUAAUCUACCAUUCAACAACACACCAACAUAUACUUUUAUUAUUGGAGAUUUGUCGUCACAAAAGUCAAAGCAUCGUCGACAACUUAACGCACACGGGCGAGGAUAUAAAGAAGAAGAGACUCGUCUUCAACAAGGAAUUAAACGAGAUUACGUACAUCGUUGGAACUCUUGAAAAUUGGAGUGCAUUGAGCUUAGCAGUAACUAGAGCAUCUCGAAUAAAUAGAGAGAAAAGAAAGAAGAAACGAAUUUGACGAAAGGAUAAAAAGCAAAAAAUUCAAAAGAAAAAGUGAAAGGAAACAUCAGUGGGUAUUGCUAAGGAUAUCACAAAUCUUGUACGGUUGAUUCAUCAGUUACCUUUUAUCCAUACCUUCCUGCCUUUUUUCUCAUUUUUGCGACCUCAAAGUCUUCCUUUUGCUUGUCCAUCAGACUUUAUCUUCCUUUUCUGCCUCCUUAUCUUGUCCUCACAAUUGCGGCAAUCCUUCCGGUUUCUCAUAUUUCCUUUCCUCUCCCCUGUCAAAACCUUCUUCCUUCUUUACAAAACUUGAAUCACGUACAAAAACCAAUAAUUCAAAAUUGAAAAACAAAAAAAGCUCUUUUAUCAUCAAAUAAAAUUGAUUUGUGAAUUUUGCGGAUUUAGUCAUGAACAGAAUGACAAAUCAAUAGUGCAAAUAGAAGUAAAACCAUUACAAGAAGUUAUAGAAGACUAUAAUCUCUACUACGUAAGCAACUGGAUCCUAAUAAGACCAGCAGUGGUAGAUAGAAAAUAAAUUAUCUCUUUGGAGAAAAUUUAAUUAAGUAGAACCAAUUGGUUUAUCAAAACCUGUAAAGUGGCACCAAAGAAACAAUUGUGGAAUCAUGACAAGUCAAAUGAUAUGGCUGUUGGGUUAUGUCAGUCUUGGACUGGCUCUAACUUUAGGCAAUCGUCCAAGUAUCCAUAAUCAUGCCCAAAUUAGAUCAGGCUUUGAUAAUCGUUUAAGGACAAAUGAUCAAACGAUCAACGAAAAGGCCUCAAUAGUUGCUAAAAAGUCUAGUGAUUCUGAUUCUUCGUACCAUUAUGGGCCUUAUGAUUUACCGCCUGAUUGGAAUAUUUAUCAAGAUCAUGCAAGAUCAGCUGUACCUGAUGAUAAUAAUAAUAAUGGUAUUAAUAAUCCUCGAGGUUACAGUGAUACCAUUCUAAAUGAUUUCUCAAAUACAGUAUUAGAAUCAAUAGAUUCACAUCGGGAUCUAUUGAAUACUCAAGGACAAGUGAAUAUAAAUAAUGAAGAAAGCGAUAAUAUUGGAGAUGAUGACGAUGACGAUGAUGAUGAUGAUGAUGAGGCUAGGAUACAUAAUAGUAGACACUCUCAGUCUCAACAAAGUUCAGAGCGAAUAUUACGCUCUGAAGCAUUGAAUCAAAAUGAUCUUACGAAUCAAUAUAGUCUGAACGAACGACUGAUCGAUAGUCAAAAUAGUCUCGCAUCGACGUCCCACAAGAGCUCGUUCCUCUGGUCUCCAGAGCCGUUUGGCUAUCCAUGGAAAAUCCAGCCGAACGUUGAUACUAGAUCCCCUCUUGGGAAUUUCUAUACUAGCAGAACACUUGGCAAGAGAAAUCAGGUCGCCGGGACACGAAGAAAGUCUGUCGAUUCCCGUACCACUUCCCAACAAGGACAACAUCCAUCGUCUUUUACUUCCGGUAUUCCUGAAGUAUCCAUGGGCAGCAUGGCGUCACAGUUGAUGCUCAGAUCAGCACGUGGCAAUCGUCAAUACGACGUUCCUCAAAUAGAAUGUCCGUCGUCGGAGGAUGGUAUGGAGAGGUUUGCUUGUCCAACACCCGACAGAAUGGGCAGGUAUCGUUGCAUUGACGAUCAUGUACUCUGUGAUGGAUUUAUUGAUUGUCCAACGGGAGAGGAUGAGGAUCGGCAAGCUUGCAUGUUCUACAAAACCACAAAAGCACAUUUAGAUGUGCUAGCAGAGGCUUUAUUACGAUGGGUCAGAGGCCGCUAAAGAUUUUAUGUUAUUUCAUUCUUGCCUAUAUAUUUUCAUCUCACCAUCAUUUAUUCAAACUCGACUCAUUAAUAAUUGAAUGAUAAGAAAAAAGAAGAUAAAUAAACAAGAGGAGUCAAAUUCAACGUAUCAAUAAAUAUUUUAUUGUGAAGAGUGUACUCCUAUGUCCGGUAAUAUUUCUUAUCUUCCUUCUCUAUACUUUGUUGUAUAUUUUAAAUGGAAGAAUACUAAACAAACAUACAGACAUAUAUACACACAUAUAUAUAUAGAUAUAUAUAAAUGAAAGAGGAGAAAAGGAAAAAACUUAAAAUAUGCUCUCUACCCUCGCUAUUGCCCAGUAAAAAAUUAUAAAAGAUAAAAUAUUUGACAACUGAAUUUAAUAGACAACCAAAGAUAAUCGAGUUAUAUGGAAAAAGAAACAAAUGAUUUAUAUAUUUGAUUUUCAUGAAUUUCAAUAUAGUAUAAAUAAAUAGCAUAUAUCAUAGUACAUGUCAAUUCUAUCAAUAUCUAUCUGGUCCUUUCAACGACUUUUCAGUCAUACUCAUUUAUGACAAAAAAAGGGAAUGAAAAAAAAUAAGAAAGAGCGAGAGAGAGUGAGAAAGAGGUAUAAAAAAAAAGACAGAAUUUAAUUAGAAGUAUUUAUUUUAUAAUUAAGAAAGAAACUUGAUGGUAUGAAUAAUUAUAUAAUAUUAAGAAAAAAAAUGUAAAAAAAAAAAAAAAAAUAAAAGAGAUGACGAAAAGUCGUUGAGUCACUUAAAUAGAAUAAACUCAUUAUUUAAUUAACUAAACUGAGUACAGUAAAGUAAAUGUAUGUGUAUAGUCUCUGGUAUUAUUGCCAGAAAAUAACUUCGUUGGUCAGACUAUUUACUUCAGCAGUUUAUUUUUAUAGUAACUUAAUAAAAAAAAAUAGUAGUCUUAUACAAAAAACAAAAAAAAAAAUAAAUAAAAAUACCAAAUAAUCAUAAUAAUAUAAUAAUAAUAAUAAAGAUAAUUCAUGUCAAUGAAUUACUAUACAAGUCUAAAUGUUAAAUGGAAUAAAAAAAAAAAAAUGGAAAUGGAUGAAUAAUAAAAAUAUAAUCGGGCUGGCCGAACACCGUUAUACUUUAGUAAAAAUUAUUUUCUAAUAUUAGUGAUAAAUGAUGAUAAUA